AUGGCGGUCGGACUAGUUUUGUUGGCUGGAAUAAGCGGAAGGCGGGUUUCUCGUGUGGACCCGAGCGCUUCCAGCUCGGUCUUGCUUCAUUCUGCGCAUGUGACAGAGCCUCCUGAUAGCUCGAGGAUGCUUGCAGGUUCACCCGAUGACAGGACAGAUGUUGCAGCGGCGACCCUUGGGGAAGGCGGGCCUGUUGGUUUCUCGGCUGUCCUUGAGCGCGGUCCUUCUCUGAGCCCAGGGCCAGAGCGUGAUGAUUGGGGUCUACCUUCGCUUGAACACUUUGAACAAACGCUUCCUUUGAAGCUUAAGGAGGGCAAAGAAGCGCUAGCUGCUUGGGUCUCCAAAUUGUCGUGGGGUGAGUUGAAGAGUGAAACAGUUGCCUCGUAUCAGCGUAACGUUGCUCAGGCUCUUUCGAACGGCUCUAGCGACUCCCUGGUUGGAAUGAAUAUUUCAGUUCAUAAUUGGAAGCCGCUAAACUGGGCCGUUUCGGACAGGCGCUUGCCUGACACUUUGCGCAUUAGUCAAGUUGUAGAGUAUUACCGCUGGAAUUUGGUGGUGAACGCCGAAGACGUCGUGACGAAGAAGGAGUAUUCCCUUAAUAUCCCCAUCAUUCAUAUGGAGGGGGGACCAGAUUUGGAGGAAGAGGAUAUUUAUCAAGCGAUGGGCUUGGCGGCUGCGGAGGAGAAGGAAUCAAUGCUGCAGGCUUGCGGUAACACUCCGGGUGAGUUGGCGGCCUCCCAGAAGGGCAUAAAAGUUGCACUCUACACUGGCGAAAUAUCUGGUCUCGACCGAACUCAUUUGGAACGGCACCUAAAGGUAUAUAAUACUGUAUCAUUGAUGGAAAAGGUUGUUGGGGACCUCGGAUGUCUGAGAUAUACAGCAAGGGAAGUCGAGCAAAAGGCGCGGGAUUACAUCGCCUCGCGUUUGUUGCAGAUAGUGAUAAAAGUCGAGCUUUCAGGAGUUGGUCAUCUGCAGCUUGACUGGGACUCCUUGUUUUUGCGUGAAGACGGUUCUUUUUUCUUGGGGAAUUUUGGGAGCGGCGCUCCUUUCGCAGAGGAGAUAUCCCCCUUAAGGGGCAGUGUGACAUUGCAACAAGAACCUGCUGUAAUGUCGCAUUAUGCCCACAGUAACGCCUUUGUAACUGAAGCUAAAGUAAACAUGUGGAGCCUUGGGGUUCUUCUAUACCAGCUCUACACGGGAAAUGAGCAUCCCUACGGAGUUGUGGAGGGGCUGGACUGGGCGGAACAAGCAGCAAAGCGUCUGCUGGAGCCCAGGAGGAUGCACAGGAUAGGCGGCUUCCAAAUUCUUGAAGAGUUUCCAGACCUGCUUGACAAUCAUGCUGACUAA